AUGUUCGGACCCCCUAAAAUGCGCACUGAAAGGAGGAACCAAAAUCCUCUGAUACUCGGCUCGGAGUCCAAUAGUGCAGUUUACCUACCUCGGAAGUGUCAUAGCCACAGUCCGGUGGAACUGAUGAGGAUAUUCUCUCUAGGACAGCCAAAGCUAGAGCCACAACUCACACGUGGGGUGAAGAUUAAAAUCUUUGGCUUCAACAUGUUUUGCUGUGUGAUGCCAAACGCGAAUCCAGAUGUUUGUUAA